AUGCAGGAACGUAGGCGUCCUCUAAAGGUUCAAGGUGCCAGACAAGAGCAAGAUACUGAUCCCUUAGAAUCAGUUAACAAAACAGUCAUCCAAAAAUACAAAAGAAUAACGAUGAAAACUCUAAUUAAACGAACAAUAAUAUCAAUAUUCACAUUGAGAAUAAUGACGAUAGAAAGAAGAAUAGACCAUAUGAGAGAAGCAAAGCAAAGCUCACUUCUUUUCGUUUUCUAUUUUAAAAUUCAUCUCAAGCUAAGGUAUUGGUUAGACUUUUCAGAAACUAAGGUGCUUUUUUAA